AUGAAUAUAUGUAUUGAUCCUAUGAAUGAACUUGGUAACGACAGGAUAAUGGUAUUGAGAGUGAAACUGCUAGAUGACACCUAUGUUUACAUUAUUGGGGUUUAUCUGCCUACGACAUCCGAACCAGCUGACACAUUUAAUUAUCAUUUGAAACUCCUGGAAGAUGUGUCGUUAGAACUUUGUAACAAUGGAUCCAUUAUCAUACUUGGUGAUUUGAAUGCUCAUAUUGGACAGCUAGCCGGAGAGAGAAGCUUUACAAAAAUCAAUUCCAGAGGGCGUUGUGUUCAUAGAAUAGUAGAUGACUUAAAUCUGAUUUCUGUUAACUCACAGAGCUUGUGUAAAGGACCCAUUGAAACAUUUUAUGGGAGCCAUGGACUUAUUAGAACAACAAUAGAUCACAUAUUUGUUCCAAGAGAAUUUAGUACCUUUAUCGCUGAAUGUGCUGUUAUAGAAGAUUGUUCUACAAAUCUCUCUUACCACCUCCCAGUUUACUGUGAUCUGCGGGUGAUAAUGAAGACGAAACAGCCAAAAUGUUCUAAAAACUUUUUGAUGUGGGACAAACUGAAGGAUAACAUCUAUGUGAAGAAAUAUCAGGACGAGAUUGAGCGAGGCCUUUCAGGCUGUUCAUGGACAAACCAAUCCCUUGACUCAAUCGCAAACAUUGAGAAUUAUGUUGAGAAGAUAACACACAAUCUGAAAACGGCAGCGCUCUCGUCAGUGCCAAUUAAGAAGUCUAAACCAUUUCUGAAGCGUUACUGGAAUACAAACCUGUCAGCUUUGAACAAAAAGGUCAAGUUAUGCAGAAGAACCUGGCUAAGAAAUGGUAAACCUAGAGGACGAAAUUCUAACUCCUUUAUUGAAUACAAAAAUGCUAAACGUGAUUUUCGUAAGGCACAGCGGAGAGCAAUUUAUGAUGAAGAAAUGAAGGAUCUAGAACAUUUAGAAAAAGAACAUGACAUUGACAGAAGUGACUUCUUCAGGAAAAUUUCCCGCAUGACUAAGCAAUCACAAAACACAAAUGAUGCCUUACUCGUUGAUGGUAAACGCGUAGAUGACGAACAGGAAUUACUUAGUAUAUGGCGAGAGCACUAUGAAGACCUGUAUACUCCAAAACAUGAUCCUGAUUUCGAUAAAAACUUCAAAAUGCAUGUCGAAGAAAGUCUUCACAAUAUCGAAGAAGAAAGUUAUGGAAAUGAAGAUCCAUUAGAUAUUCCAUUCAAGGCAGAAGAGAUCCAGAGUGUAUGCGAUAAAUUACCAAAUGGUAAAGCGGGUGGUCUAGAUGAACUUGUUUAUGAACAUUUUAAGUAUGGAGGGUCGUUCACGCACCAAGCUUUGACAAGGAUCUUCAAUGCAGUUCGUCAAAUAGAAUAUGUUGCUGAAUCUUGGACUUUAGGUAAUAUCUUCUCGAUUCUUAAAAAAGGUAAAAAGAAUAAACUUGAUAAGGGAAGUUACCGAGGUAUAACGUUGUUGAAUGUGAUGGGAAAAAUUUUUGAACGUAUUCUUUUAAAUCGCUGGAUUCCAAAGUUUAAGGCUAUCGGUAUCCCUAACGAUUUUCAGUUUGCAUAUCAGAAAAACAAAAGCUGUGUAUUAUCCAGUUUCUUUCUACAAGAGAUCAUUAAUCAUAACGUAGAAAAAGGAAGCAAAGUCUACUGCUGCUUUUUGGACUCUUCGAAAGCCUUUGACUCCGUAUGGCUAGAUGGCCUCUUCUAUAAAUUAUAUCAUCUCGGCUUUAAUGGGAAAUCCUGGAGAAUUCUGAGAAACUGGUAUGGUAAAAUGCGUUGUUGUGUUUCUGUAAACAGUCUGCAUUCUAACAUGUUUCCUGUCAAGCAGGGUGUGAGACAAGGAGGAGUGCUAUCGCCAUGGCUAUUUCUCUGCUUUAACAAUGACAUUCCUGAAAUAUUAAAACCAAUUGACAGUGGGCUCAAGAUUGACAAUAUCCAUUGCAAUUCGGUGUUGGUUGCGGAUGACAUCACCUUAUUGUCACUUAGGGUAAAGGGACUGCAAGGCUUACUAAAUGCAAUUGAAUCCUAUAGCAAGAAAUGGAGAUUUUAUUUUAAUUCGAGCAAAACUGUCGAAGUGACUUUCGGAGAAAGAACUACAACAAAUUCUGUUUGCAAACUGACCAGGGAAUGGUAUUUAAACGGUGUAAAAAUUACAGAAAAAAGUUCGUGGGAGCAUGUCGGAAUCUCCUUGAGUGGGAAUUUCUCCAGCACGGAGCGAACAAAGGCUGCAGCAAAUAAAGGAAAGGCUUACGUUGGCGCUUUAAUGCAAGCUAAAAUACGACCUGCUGGACUAAAUCCAACAAUUGGGGCGAACGUUUGGAGAUCAUAUGGCCUUCCAGCCAUGCUAUAUGGAAGCGAAGUCUGGUGGAAUCUAACACAAACUGAAGAGGAAAUACUAAAUCGUGCUAAUGCCUUUGCUGCAAAAAGAAUUCAAGGUCUCUGCAUAACCACAAGUUCUCAUGGAGCCCUUGGCGCUAUUGGGAUGUGGCAAACAACUGCAUAUAUUGACAAACAAAAACUUUUAUUUCUUGGUUCCCUUUGUCGCUCUCCGCCUGACACCUUGCAAAAGCACCUAUUUCUAUAUAGAGUAUUCUCACAUCUUCAUCAAGAGAAUUCUCGAAGUAUUGGUUUCGCAGCGGAUAUCUACAAAAUACUUGAAACAUACAACCUAACGGACUAUAUCACAAAUUACCUAGCAACCGGUGAGUUUCCCAAUAAAACCAAUUGGAAGAAAAUGGUUAAAGAACAAAUUCAUCAAAAAACAGACGGAAGUAUGGAAGGAAACCAUCAGUGCAAAACCGAAAUUAAAGCACUUGCAAAAAAGUCACACAAGUUUAAAGCCGCUUCAACACUGGAGUGUAACAAAGCGCAAUCCCUGCGUGCGAGAGAUAAUAGCUAA